AUGGCCAACAAGAAGAAAACCAUAGGAAGGACGAACAAGAAAAAAUUGACAACCAAUAAACGAGUUAACGAGCAGCCAAGAGUGACGGUAAAAUACAAAAAAUUUCGUUUAACUACAACAGCUGCAGCGUCAUGUAAUAGGUUGGUCGCAAAGCUGGAGAAAUUCCAACAGCCGAUUAAAUCUAAAGAAAACCCCAAGAUCAUGGUCAUCUCCGGCGACGAUCACGUGUUGGACGUGCUACUAGACCGGCUGGCGCCUCUUACAUCCCACACCACCGAAAACCUGGAAAAGAUACGGAGAAUAGCGCACAAGAUCAACGGCCGGGUCAACAAUUCCGAUAAAAAUGUCAAAGCUAAAUCAUUGAAUAUUCUUCGAAAAACUAAAUCAGAGCGAAUGGUGGAUAUCGUGAAAUUAUUUGAAAAAACUAGAGAUAAAUCUACAUGUACGAAUUUAGCAGCUGUAAUACAUGCUUGCAUUGCACCAAAAUCCGGUCAAACUAGAAAAUCAUUUUUGAAACAACUGGUAGAAAUAGAAGCAACAAAAAUAUUUAUUAAGUCAAUAAUGGAUUUGCAAUCAAAGUCUGUAGGAUCGCCUGAUGUACUUCUCAACGAAUUAGUGUUUAUUCUUGGACAACUCUCACAAAAAGAUAGCAAAUUUUCAAAACAUGCCGAAAUGUUGAAUGCAACAAAAAUGUUUCAUCAAAAUUUAAAAAACAACAUUAAAAAUGUUAAAUUUAUCUCUCCAUUAUUGAAGUGCUUUAAAACCAUUACGAAAAACGAAACCAUCGUUGGCGUGCUUCUCAGGGAUAGUUUUUUGUUAACCUUAGAAAAACUUAUAAGGGAAAACAAUAAGUAUUUAAUUAAAAACAAACAGUAUGUGACUCUUGUAAUUUUAGCAAACAUUACAAAAAAAGUUUCUGAAGAGAACUGCGAUAGAGUUAUACGUGCUGGACUCAUGCAAUACGCCUUGGACGUGUUCAAUAUAAAACUUUACACUGCCAAUAAAGCUCAUCCUAAAAUAUUUUCAUCCGCAUUAGAUGUACUCGUUCACAUCUCCAACACUAAUAAUGGACGGACAGCACUGAGAAAGUCUAACAAAUUUAAUGUGUUGUACCAAUUUAGUGUUCGCUGCCCGGAAGACCAGGUGUAUAAUUCAACUAUGUCAAAAUUGUGUACAGUUAUUAAUGUAUGCCAAGAGAAAUUAUUACUCUUACCUUUAAGAUCAACACAAUCGGCACUUGAAUUUGGUUUAGGAGAUAUAAACCUCAACGAUAGUGAUUCAGAUAAAUAUGCAGGCUGUGACAGUGACGACAGUGAUAUAGAUGACAUUGAAAUAGCUGUAGUCCAAAAUUUGAUGGAUCCCUUAAUCAUCCGAAAACCCGAAUCAGUGAAAUUCGAAAUACCUUUUAACUAUUGGAAAGAUCGUGACGACCUCAUAUCAACGUAA